AUGGACUUCUCCGCCGGUGGUGUAGGCGCGAUUCACCAAAGUAGCAUAUUUCGAAAUGCUCCCCAUUCAUUCGCCAACUCAGCAAACGCAGACAGUCUACAGCAGCAACAUCAACAUGAUCAACCUGCAUGGCUUCAGCAACACCUGCCAUUGCAACAACCGUCGGGAAACAACGUUGCGCUGUUUGUGUCACCAUCAGCCUUGACUUCAGCCCCCGCAGCCCCUUGGCUUACAGCGGAUCGACAAUCGUCAACCUCGACGCAAAAUACUAAGUCAUGGCAGGACUCACCUUCCGGCAACCUUGUUGAGUCUCUGUCCUCGCCGGAAAGUUCCGUGUCGUCGCCUGUUGGCCCCCAUACUUGUAAUCUGGCAAAGAAACCGCAGGCGGUUCAACCAGUAGACUCAACGGAGGCACGAAAUCGCCGCAGAGGCCGGCCAAGGCUUUCGGGGACUAGCCAGCGCGCCGGGGCAGCAUCGACAGCUGCAAAAACAACAAAAAAGAGCAAACAGAAAUGUGCCUCAACCGCUUCAACAAGCGGGCUCGACGACUUGAGCAGUCAUCUUAGCGGCGGCGACAGCAAGAGGAACAAGAUCCGCGCACGUAAUCGUGAGGCCGCGUAUAAGUGCCGGCAGAAAAAGCAAAAGGGUAUUGAGAAAUUGCAAACCCAAGAGACGAUUAUCAAAGACAUUAAUAAGAGUCUCAACACCGAAGCGGCGAUGUUGCGCGACGAGAUCCUGAUGCUGAAACACAUGGUUCUCCAACAUGGUGGAUGCGGGUGCUCUUUCAUUGAGGACUAUAUCUCAGGCGCAGCUCAGAAUCUAGUGCAAUCUGGCACUAUGACCGAUGCUCUAACUGAUGGUGGAAACACGCAGACACGCAGUCAGCCCUGCAUGACCGGGGCCAAUGAGGGUUAUACCGACUAG